UUAUGUCAAGUGUCACGUGUCACCUACUUGAAUUUUAUAAAUUUUAUAUUUUGUACUGAAGCAUACUGUAUAAAAUACCAGUGCUCUGCCAGACUUCAGGUUCAGGACAUUUUCAUCUUGUUUGGAAGCUUCUUAUGUCCUAAAAUUUUGUUGAUGACUGCUUAAAUACCUUGAGUUGUCAACGGCCAAUUGCAUUACCGAAUAAAAUACACUUUGGUUAGGAAUUAAAUAACAAUUAUUAUGAAUUCGGACGAUUAUGAAACGCUUCCAACAGACAAUGUCUCUACGCACAUGAUAGCCGGAGCGAUCGCUGGUGUUAUGGAACAUUGCGUAAUGUACCCUCUAGAUUCUGUAAAAACCAGAAUGCAGUCACUGACGACAUCUGGCACAGAAGGAAUUGGUGAGACGCUUAUAAGAAUGGUUCGACACGAGGGACUACUGAGGCCAGUUAGAGGAAUGUCUGCUAUGGUUGUGGGGGCUGGCCCCUCGCAUGCUUUAUAUUUCAGUAGUUAUGAAUACCUUAAGAACACUCUAACUCAGUAUACAAACUCAGCCAGGUACCAUACAUUAAUUUUCGGAGCGUCCGGUUGCUUAGCCACCCUUAUUCACGACGGUUUUAUGAAUCCAGCAGAAGUUGUCAAGCAGAGGAUGCAAAUGACGAACUCGCCGUACAAAACAGCAUUAGAAUGUGCAGUUAGUACCUACCAAAAAGAGGGACUCAAAGCCUUUUACAGAUCCUAUACGACACAGUUGACUAUGAACGUUCCUUUCCAAAGCAUACAUUUCGUCAUAUACGAGCUCUCGCAGAAAUGGAUCAACAAAGAUCGCGUGUACAACCCCGCGGCACACAUGGUUAGCGGAGCACUGGCUGGAGGGAUAGCGGCUGCCAUAACCACCCCUCUCGACGUUUGUAAAACCCUAUUGAAUACUCAGCAAGGCGAAAAAGCCACUGGUCUUCUUAACGCCAUCAAAACUGUUUAUAGGUUAGGAGGUCCUUGGGGCUAUUUUAGAGGUGUUCAAGCCCGAACGAUGUACCAAAUGCCUGCCACAGGUAUUUGUUGGUCAACAUAUGAAUUUUUCAAAUUUAUGCUUGGAACUACAAACCCAGAGAUGAGAAGCUUGCCUUCGAAUAAUGCUUCUACAGAGGAAGAAAACAAAACCAAAACGGACACAAAUGAAAGUCACGACGAUACGCAUACAAACGAGACGUAUAACCUCAAACCUAGGGAGCUCCCCGCGAUGUCAGGAGCCAGUCUAUCGAUUUCCUUCAACACUAUGCACAAUACGGACUACAGGCAGAAAGACACGAUAUUAGAUAUUUGUCACACAUAGUAUAUUCGUUUGAUGAUGUUUUGUAAUGGAACAUACGUACAAAUGAAUAUUCAAAAAGGUUUAAGUAAUGUACAGAGUGAUUCCAUUCCUCAUCGAAUGAUGUAUAUUUCUGUUGAAUUGUUUAUGUUAAAAACCAUUCUGUUGAAAUGAUACUAUAUAAUUAUCAACUAGGUUGGUUGAUAUUUCAUCCAAUUUGAAAUAAUAUUAGAACACCUUUUACGUUUGGCAUUAUUAGGGAACUAUUGAGUUUGUCAAUUUUAUGUAUAUGGUUCCAAAGUUGAUAAUAUUGUCAAAUAUUAUCUAGGUAUUUCCUAAUGUCUAAUACUAUGCAGCUCAUCGAUUUCGCCGCCAAAGAUGGAACAACUAAUAAAAUAGAAAGACAUUCACUCACCCAGGUGGUAUGUACAUGAAAUUUUUUCCUAGCAGGGCUAGAUCAUUGUUGACAUGUAAAAAGCGAACACAUGAUUCUGAAUUCAUGUGUGACCGAAUAUUACUGAAAUUAAUUCUUUAAUAGAAAUAUGUCAGUACAUGUGACGGUGUCAUGUACAGGAAAUAAUAAUUUUGUUAUUCUAUUUCAAAUAAGCGCAGUUCAUACAGCUUUUGACCAGUUUCAAAAAACUCAUUGUUUCAUCAUAAUGCGACUCUGGUCUCUUGAAUUAUGAGUCAUGUGUUGCUUAUAAUAUAUAUAGUAUGUACAUUUAUUUUUAAACCCCAAGAGAUACAUCAGGUAUAAUAUGAUAGCCAUAACUUCCACUGUGCUUUUAUUUUUUUUAAGGCGUUUAUGAUGUUGAUAGUGGUAUACAGAGUAUCAAAGACAAAAUUAAUUCGAAUUAGAAUUAGAAGCAGAUCAUCACAGAGAAAAUGCGAGUUUGACGAUUACCUUAUCUGGGUACUCUGUAUAUGAAAUUAAUUAAGUAUGGAAUAAUUUUAUUGGUUUCAUACUGAGGGUAUAUAUUGUGAGAUGCUGAAAAUAUGCGCAAGUCACUUGUUAAAUAUCUUAAAGUAGUUCAUUAAAACUUUUUCCAGUAAUAGUUUUCACAAGAGUGUAACACAGAACAUUUUCAAAAAUAAACUCUAUGGGAUAAGUUUCACUUCUGGUGGAUUCUUUAUUUUUCAAUAGACUGUGGUCUUACAUUAUUUACCCAAAUAUGAUGAAAUAUACAAUUUUCUCACAGAUACAGUUUUUGAAUUUGUAGAUGAACCAGACUUAUUGAAACAUCUUGAAUUUGCUAGGACCAUAAAUGAAAAGUUGAAUAAUGCUUUGCAGAGUAAACACUUCUUUACUAAACUGUUUAUUUUUUUAUAUCAUUUAUGAAAUUUGAGAUUGUUUCAAGUGAAUCACUUUAUAAUAGAUAUUUUGCCAUUCUAGUUUUUUAUGUGGAUCCUGCUACUUUAAAAGGGACAGGAUUACAUCUGAAUUUAACAAUGAAGCAUCUUUUAGUUUGAAUUUUUGAAUCUAUCUAAAAAAUUGGCAUUUUUUUUUAUAUAUACAAUAGAAAUAUUCGAUAAUUUACGUAGAUAACUGAACUCUACCAUAUUUUCGAUGUGAAUAAUCUAGAAAAAAUUUCUGUAAAUUAUUUUGUGUAAAUCCAAAUAUCAAAAAAGUUUUGUUUGAUGAAAAUGAUUUGGUCUUUCAACAACAUCAACACCGGUGACGCUGUUUUGGCUGUGAUAAAGUCCUUAUCAACUGUUCACGUAUGAUAUUGACUUCGUUCAGAUGGAAGUACUAUCAUAUCAGUUUUAAUUGUUUAGGAGGUUGCAUUUCACUUGUAUUCUCCGUAUUUUUGUGAUAAGAGACCUUGUCACCAAUUAGAUGUAGAUAUUCUAGUGUCGAACAUUUUUGUUUUUCAGAUAAAAUUUGUAAAAAAUAAAAUAUAAUGUAUGUUACAUAUA